CAAUGAUUUACGAGUAUAUGAAACGUCAAUGUAAUUUUACCAUUAGACACUUGUCAGUUUGAGUUUAUUAAACCGACACAACUGACAAAAUAUAAAUUAUUAUUUUUAAAAUUUAACAUUUUCUCAUGGAUGUUAAUGGUGAUGUAUCAAACAAACUUGAAAAACAGGAUAAGGAUCUAAUUAACACAGUUACCAGUCAACUAAACGAAACGUGUGCGUUAGCUGUCGAUGCCGACACUAAACUUCCUGAAGGAUUUGGUAAAAUAGAUUUAAGCCAAAGCAUUGACGAAACAUUUAAAGUCGCAGACGAAUCUUUAAAAGAACUAAACGAAACCACUGUACUGAAAGUUGAAGAAUUCAAAAAUCGGCUUAGCGAUAUGACUGAAAAACUAAAAAAAGCUGAGGAACUUAACUCCGAAUCGGAAGAAGCGUCCAAUAAGAUGACUUCCAUUGAAGAAGAACUUAAAAUUGCGGAGGAUCGUUACAAAAUCAGACAAGAAAAGUUGAAGCAACUUGAAGAGAAUCUAAAAAAUGUUUACAGCUCCAUGAAAUCUCUAGAGGUGUCAGAAGAAAAAGCAAGAGAAAGAGCGAAGCAAUUAAGAAUUCAACUGGAUGGUUUCAAUGAGAUACUUAAGGAAGCUGAAUCGCAGGCCUCGUUUACUGAAACGUUUGUUAAUAAUUUAGAGAAAACUGCCUCGAAGGCUAUUCCAAAUAAAAAGCCUUAAAACUGAAUUUGGUUUUUUAUGUUUUACCCUAAACCUAUUUUUAAUACUUUUGAAGUAUUGUUUGUAUUAUUCAUUUUAAUUUUUUAAAUUAUAUUUAACGUAAUAAAUAAAAUUGGAGAAAAUUAUAAAAUUGGAGAAAAUUGUAAAAUCAGUAGUCCCAACUCGAACAAAAUACACAAAUUAAUUAAGACGAAGCAAUAAAGAUUCAUCAUCUCAUAAAAUAUCCAUCACAAAACGACAAAAGCACGUUAUUGCCAACAGAUUACAAGUUAAACUCAUACGGUUUUGGUUUCAUAUCCUGCUACAAAGUCCUUGUAUACAAGUGAACUUUCCAAGUUAGUAGCAGGAUCUUUUGUCUGGCCAUUAGAACAUUAGGACCCAUGUACAUGCGAGUGGUAAUACAAACUUGAUCGUAAAGCAAGACAUAACUUAUGCUCCGAGCGCAAAAUUACUUCAUUUAUUUUUGAGAAGGUGCUGGAGUUCCAUUAGCGGCACCUUUUAUAAUUUGUUUAACUUUUUAUUGCCAAAUUUAUGAGUUUUUUACAAAUUGAUGUUAGGCAGAAUAUUAAAAAGUUUUUACAAGAAAAAAAUCCAAAUUUGAAAAACAAAAUUUAAGAGCGAUAUCCAUGCGACACCAAGA